AUGCUGCGUAUCAACAUUCUUCAAUUGCUUUUUGUCACACUGCUCGCUCUGUCUGCGGUCCUCGCAACAGACGCAGUUAAGGCUCAACGUGAGUCUCUCCAAGCUCUAGACGACAUCAAGGCAGCCUCAUUGCAUGAUGCUCUGCAUGCUCUCUCCGCCAAAUUCCGUCAUGGUAUCUUCCCAACUGACCUUCAUGCCGCUGAGGCUCUACAAGCUGAAGACCCAGCCAUCGCAAGCCUAGUCAGGCUCGCCAAGCGCCAGACCAAUGCCACUUCCGGUGCUGAGACAACCCCGGCUCCAGUUCCUACUGUGACUACUCCCACUGAAUCAAGCACUCAACCUACUGAACCAGCCACCACAUCGGCUGCUGAGACCACUGAGACCAGUCAGAUGCCUACUCCUGAGCCAACCACCAGCGUUCAGUCAACGACCUCGGCUAGCUCUACCAGCUCGACCAGCUCGACCAGCUCUGCAUCUGUCCCCAGUGAGACAUCUACCACGGCCUCGACUCAGUCCUCUGCUCAGCCAACCACGGCCACUACUCACUCGACCACUUCCACUACUACGUCCUCGACUGCUUCCACCACUCACUCGACGACUAGCAGUGUUCCCUCGACUCUGUCGACUACCAGUAGCACCUCAUCUACUUCAACCACCUCCAGCCACUCAACUGCCUCUUCUGCUCAAACCACUCAGCACACCAGCUUGACCACUUCCACCAUGAAGAGCACGACCACCAUGCCCGACGGCACCCUGAGCACCAUUACCUCGAUUACCGUUAUCACCCCCGAGGCAACCGGCAAACCCACUGGUACAACUGCCGGUAAGCCCGGUCUGCAGACUGGUGCCGCCGCGCUGACUACCGGCAUGGCCCGUGAGGUUGUCGCCAUGUUUGGUGGCGCUGUCAUGGUCGCAAUGGCUCUGUAA